AUGGGCACCCGCGAGUGGCCUCGGCGGGGGCGUGGCCGCGCCCCCUUCAUUAGCAUAGCCCCGCCCGGCCAGCCCGCCCGGCCUGGGGGGAAGUUGCCCCGGACCCCCCCGGGGCGGGGGGACCGACACGGGCACGGCCGCGCCUUUGUUCGGCGGCAGCGCUGCCCGGGGAUCACCGGGGGGGACACGGAGGGGCAGCCCCGCUCCCCGGACCGACCCCCGAGCGCCCGGGGCUGGCCCUCGCCGGGAGGGCGCCGCGCUCCUCGCCCCCGCGCAGCCCCACCGCCCGCACAGCCCAAACGCGGCACCGCGAAGUGCGAGGGUGGUCGAGCCGUCCCCGCUCCCCGGGGGAUCGCCCGCCAGCGCCAGGCUGCCGACCCCGACUGGCCGAAGCUGAGGAUGCCCCGCGCCCGCCGGCCCCUGCCCCGCCGGCCGCGCCGGCUCUGCCCGAGCCCGGGGAGGAGAGGCCGCCCCUCGCAGCGGGGUUAUCCCUGCUGGAAACACUCGUGGGGAAAACUUCCCCGCCGCAAAUCCACGCUGGACCCUCGCAGCUCUCCCCGGCUCCUGCUCCGCUCCCGGAAUCGCUGCGCUGCUCUGCGGCACAAGCACUCGAUUUCCGAACAGGACGGUCAGAAGCAGCGCGGUGCUGAGGGGACCUUCAAGAGUCGGGGCAGAAGGGAGGAACCCACCUCAGGGGGCCUGGGGGGGGAGGAGCGCAGGACCCUGGGGCAGGGGGGUUGUCAGACAGCAGCAAGAGUCCGGCAGAGCGAACCCUCUACCAGGGACUCGUCAGAAGGAGGGCAGGAGGAUUACGAUGCCCCCAAGCUCAACCCCCCCACCCAUUAUUACCCGGGGCAGCAGCAGCCCCCCAAGGCAACUCCCUGGGAGCGGGGCGGGGGAGGGUGA